GAGGGCGCCGUGAUUCGGAGAACUACGCCUCCCAGCGCGCCCCGCGCGGGGGCAAAGGGCGUUAGCUUUGGGCGGCCUCAGCCGUCAGAGCGCAGAGAGGAGGGUCCGAGAAGCCGGCCGCGGCGGGAGGAGGGGGUGCGCGUGCGCGCUGGCCCGGCUCGGCCUGUUCUGUCCCAAUCAUUGUAAACAGGCGGAGGCUGGGCGGGGAGGGGAUGGGGCGCCCGCGGCAGGCCUGCGGCGCAGUGCAGGAGACGGCUGCCCUGGCGGCGUGAACGUAGGGAGGCGGUGGCUGCGGCGGAGCGGGCAGUCGCGCGGCGGCAGGCACAGGUGUAAUGGAUAGGUAACAGAGAAGACCUUGUCACGGCAUCAGCAUGACGGAGUGCUUCCUGCCCCCCACCAGCAGCCCCAGUGAACACCGCAGGGUGGAGCAUGGCAGCGGGCUCACCCGGACCCCCAGCUCUGAAGAGAUCAGCCCUACUAAGUUUCCUGGAUUGUACCGUACUGGUGAACCUUCACCUCCCCAUGACAUCCUCCACGAGCCUCCCGAUGUAGCAUCUGAUGAUGAGAAAGACCAUGGCAAGAAAAAAGGAAAAUUUAAGAAAAAGGAAAAAAGGACUGAAGGCUAUGCUACCUUUCAGGAAGAUAGCUCUGGAGAUGAAGCUGAAAGUCCUUCUAAAAUGAAGAGGUCCAAGGGAAUCCAUGUUUUCAAGAAGCCCAGCUUUUCUAAAAAGAAGGAGAAGGAUUUUAAAAUAAAAGAGAAACCCAAAGAUGAAAAGCAUAAAGAAGAAAAGCACAAAGAAGAAAAACAUAAAGAGAAGAAGUCAAAAGACUUGACAGCAGCAGAUGUUGUUAAACAGUGGAAGGAAAAGAAAAAAAAGAAGAAGCCAAUUCAGGAGCCAGAGGUGCCUCAGGUUGAUGUUCCGAAUCUCAGACCCAUUUUUGGGAUCCCUUUGGCCGAUGCGGUAGAGAGGACCAUGAUGUAUGACGGCAUUCGGCUGCCGGCAGUUUUCCGUGAAUGUAUAGAUUACAUGGAGAAGUACGGCAUGAAGUGUGAAGGCAUCUACAGAGUUUCAGGAAUUAAAUCAAAAGUGGAUGAGCUAAAAGUAGCUUAUGACCGAGAGGAGUCUACAAACUUGGAAGAGUAUGAGCCUAACACUGUAGCCAGUUUGCUGAAGCAGUAUUUGCGAGAACUUCCAGAGAAUUUGCUUACCAAAGAGCUUAUGCCCCGAUUUGAAGAGGCUUGUGGUAGGACCUCAGAGAGUGAGAAAGUACAGGAAUUCCAGCGCUUGCUCAAAGAACUGCCGGAAUGUAAUUAUCUUCUGAUUUCCUGGCUCAUUGUGCACAUGGACCAUGUCAUUACAAAGGAACUGGAAACUAAAAUGAAUAUUCAGAACAUUUCUAUAGUGCUCAGUCCAACUGUUCAGAUCAGUAAUCGAGUCCUGUAUGUGUUUUUCACACAUGUGCAAGAACUCUUUGGAAAUGUGGUUCUAAAGCAAGUGACAAAACCUCUGCGGUGGUCUAACAUGGCCACGAUGCCCACGCUGCCAGAGACCCAGGUUGGCAUCAAGGAAGAGAUCCGGAGACAGGAGUUUCUUUUGAAUUGUUUACAUCGAGAUCUGCAGGGUGGGAUAAAGGAUUUAUCUAAAGAAGAAAGAUUAUGGGAAGUACAAAGGAUUUUAACAGCUCUCAAAAGAAAACUAAGAGAAGCCAAAAGGCAGGAGUGUGAAACCAAGAUUGCACAAGAGAUAGCCAGUCUUUCAAAAGAGGAUGUUUCCAAAGAAGAAAUGAAUGAAAAUGAAGAAGUUAUAAAUAUUCUCCUUGCCCAGGAGAAUGAGAUCCUGACAGAACAGGAGGAGCUACUGGCCAUGGAGCAGUUUCUGCGUCGGCAGAUUGCCACCGAAAAAGAAGAGAUAGAACGCCUUAGAGCUGAGAUUGCAGAGAUUCAGAGUCGCCAGCAGCACGGCCGAAGUGAAACCGAGGAGUACUCCUCUGAGAGCGAGAGUGAGAGUGAGGACGAAGAGGAACUGCAGAUCAUUCUAGAAGACCUACAGAGACAGAAUGAAGAGCUAGAAAUAAAGAACAAUCACCUGAACCAAGCGAUUCACGAGGAGCGGGAGGCCAUCAUCGAGCUGCGCGUUCAGCUCCGCCUGCUGCAGGUUCAGCGCGCCAAGUCUGAUCAGGCGGCGCCAGAGGACGAGGAGCCUGAGCGGCGAGGGGGCAUGGCCCAGCCGCCCAGAGAUGGGGUCGUGGAGGCCAAAGCAGCCAAAGAGCAGCCAAAGGCAGGCAAGGAGCAAGCGAAGCCAUCCCCGAGCAAGGACAGGAAGGAGACGCCCAUCUGAGCGUCCUGGUGUGCUCGUGGUGGAAUCCUCUAGACUUACAAGGACCUGUGCAUCUUACUGUAAUGCCGAGAGCUGCGGGUGCGCUCUCUCGCACUGUCUAUUCUGUAAAGAUGUCUUCUCUUCUCAGAGACCCUUCUCUUUCACACGUCUGACCCCUCACAGCAGGCUCAGGUCUGGUGGGAGGUGGAAGCAGAGGGCACAUUGCGGACUGGUAGGGGACAGAUUAGUUUUCCAGAUAGUGUCAGCUUAUUUGAAGAUUAAUUUUCUUUGUUAACUUAAAAUAACUACUUUAACCCUUGAGUGGCUUCUUUUUAAACCAAAAAUUGUCUUUCUUUGCUUUUUUAUCACAGCAGAAUCAGGAUCUCUUUCUCAUUUGGGGGGGAACCCAAUCAGGUCAGUCUUGUGCCUGUCUGCCCCACGUCCUGCCCUCCGGAUCUCUGUGUCUCUGGUCACUCUUGCUUGUGCCUUUCACACCUUUUGGUGCAGAUUAUACAAUGGAGGAGCUGCCUCAUGUUUUUUGACUAGCCAGAAUGGCUCCUAUGGGUGUACCUGUUAUCCACCCCGUAACUCUUUUGACAGUUCCAAACCACAGUCCAUGAGCCCGAGUCACCAGGACGGCCUCGUUUGGUUGCAGACGGAGGCUGCCUGUGGAGCCUGCCCACCUGCCCUGGGCCCCACAAGGCCCAGCAUGGAGGAGGCCCCACUCCUGCCUGUUACUCACUGCCGUGGCCAGCAAAGGCCUUUUUACUGGGUUAUUGGGAAGGUGGUUGCCUUGUCCUGGUGCCUCCACACAAAGGAUGUUUCUCAAACCAGAAAUCCUUUCCACGACUGACCCUCUAGUAAAAACAGAAUGACUCCGAUUGCUUGCUUGGGCUAGAAUGUACUUGUCUCCUUGCCUGAAUAAGCCAUAUUAUGCUCUUAAACAAAAAUUCAGAAUUAUCCGUGCUGUCUCAGUGAACCUACUGGUGGACUCUCAGUUGUCAAGAUAAGCAAUAGAGACAAAUUACCUUCCUUUUAAUGCUAGCUGUGACUCGCCCUGCCCCACUUCCCACCUCUAGUCCAUCAGAUCAGUGCUCUGAGGCUGCUGGGAGGCCGGGCUCCGGAGGCAACUGGACUGUGGUCAGCUCUGUCAGAGUGAGUGGUGCCAUGAGACUGGCCAGGUCUCCUGGCUCAGGAGAAACCCCCACACACUCAAGGCGGUGAAAACCACCCCACAGAGGGCUCUCCCCUCUUCCUCCUAGUUAGUAUUUAUUUUCAGCACCUGUUUGAUGCGGUUUUUUAUCUUCUACCUAUUGCACUGUUGUGACUUGUUGGCCAUUAUUUGAUUUUUGUAUGAAAAAAAGCUUUGUUAUAGAAAUCAGCAUACUAUUUUUUUAAAUCUGGAGAGAAGGUAUUCUGGUGACUGAAAAGUACCGUCAGGUGUCAGACAUAUAUGUGUAAAGGCCUUCUUGCUGUCCUGUCGGUCCUAGUACAUUCACUUUACAGCUGCUGGCAAUAUCGAAGGUUCCUUUUUUGUUUGUGUAAACUCUAAUUUCUAUCCAGGUGUCACGGAUUUUUAAAAUGAGUAUUUCAUUACAAAUGUCUCAGCGUUGGUUAAUAAAUUUUUGCCAGGACCAUUAUUGAUUGAGCAAAUAAAUUCAACAGCCAUUUGGGAA